GUUGGGGUCAAGUUCUUGGAGGAGAACGCCAAAAAGGAGGGCGUCAUCUCGCUGCCGAGCGGGCUGCAGUACAAGGUGCUGAGGGCGGGCGACGGCGACUCUCACCCGACUGCCUCCAGUUCAUGCGAGUGCCACUACGAGGGCCGGACGGCGCAGGAGUACAGCAAAGAGCCGAAGGGCGACACCUUCGACUCGUCCUACGCUCGCGGGUCGCCCACCUCGUUCGCGCCCAACCAGGUCAUCAAGGGCUGGACGGAGGCCAUGCAGCUGAUGGUCGAAGGCGACAAGUGGGAGAUGUAUAUCCCGUCCGAGCUGGGGUACGGCGACAGCGGCAGCCCGCCGAAGAUUGGCGGCGGGGAUGUGCUGGUCUUCACGAUGGAGAUCAUCAAGAUCAAA